AUGAUGUCCACCGAGUCCCUGAAGCUUCUGGCCUCAAUCGUCGCCGCCCUCCUCGGCGUCAGCAUCGGCCUCUUGAUCUGCUUCCCAGCCGAGAAUGUCCUGUUCCUGCUCCAUCUGCUCUUUUUCGUCGGGCUCAUCGUCUUCCUCACGGCUCGCAGCGUUCAGCUCACCCUCCGUCGCCAUGCUGCUGCUGGCAAGCAGGUUGGACGUGGUCAUCUUCGUCGUCGUAAUGUCGACUAUCACCUCUUUGUUCUCGGCUCUGGUGGACACACCAAGGAGAUGCUCAUGAUGAUGGAUGAUGGAUUCUGCAACUUUUCCAACUUUCACCGUCGCUACCUGAUUACCGCUGGGGAUCUCAACUCCAUCUACCAAGUCGCCGAGUACGAAACUGACCUCGAACUUUUGUGCAUCCGGGAGGGCAAGGACGCUGGAACCUCCGACAGCCGGUUCGUCGCUCGCGCUCGUCGCGUUCAUCAGUCUCUGUGGUCGACUCCCUUUUCCGCCCUGCGCAGCAUGCUGGAAAUCAUCCCCGCCCUUCUCACGCCCCCCAAGAACGACGUCGGCGCCAAGCUUCGAUACCCUACCUGCAUCUUCUCCAACGGCCCCGCCACCGGCUUCUUUGUCGGACUGGCUGUUAAUCUUCUCAAGAUGUUUUACGUCGUGCCCGAGGACUCGAUGAAGUUUGUCUACAUUGAGUCGUGGGCCCGCAUCUCGACCCUGAGCCUCACCGGGAAGCUCUUCUACUACACCGGCAUCGCUGAUGUCCUGGUCGUGCAGCACGCCGAGGUUGCUGCCAAGUACGGGAUUGAGAAUGCUGGGGAGAUGGUGUUUAACGCCCGGCGCCCUGAUAUCUGA